AUGAUCGAUUCCCGUUCGUUUGCCUGGUGGCAUCGUCGACGCCGAGACAGACAUCGUAUGCGCGGUCGGUCGUUGCCCGGUGGUGGCGGACGAGAUCCCAACGUUGAUCCAUAUGACCCGGCAUUUGUCACACCUCGGCCCCGUCGAGUGUGCACAUUCACACUGGAGCUCUGUAUUGCUGCCAAUCUGCUUCAGCUACUCUUUCUAAUUGCUCGACUCGAUCAUUGGAUCCGAUCCAAAUGGGUGGUCACAUUCAUUCCCACAUUUAUUCUGUUGGGUAUGAAAUUCCUGUUCUGCACAGUUGGAUUUAUUGUCGCUCUCAUUCGAUUCUUUACCGCAUGUUUCAUCCAGCUUGAGCAACGUCGACCUCCAAUAUAUUAUUAUGCAUCGCAUCUGUUUAUCGAUUUUCUGCUCUGCACCUCCAUCACUUUGUUGGCUCUGCGUCUGGAUGGACAUCUGGCCCCGGUGCAGUGCAGUUAUUUGCUCAUUUGUGCCCCCGUCUUGCUCAGUUUGGUUAUAUAUGCGACUGGGGCAUUCUGUUUGGGUCCGGGCAAUCCAUGGUGGUUCGGGCUGAACCGCAAUGUCCUGUUGGCCUUGUUCGAGGCUUGCCCGAGUUUGCAGUUAUGUGCCAACACUUCGGUCAGUGCUGCAGGACUGUGGAAACGCACAGAAAGUAGAAGACAACACAAUGGUCAAAGCAACGGCACCCAUCCGAAUGGUGUUCGUUCCACUGGAUUUGGAGUGGUGUCGGAUUCCGUGUCUGGUUUAUAG